AUUUAUUGGUCUAAUACGCAACAAAGACGCCGAGAGCUCGGAGGAACUCACUGUGCUGCCCACUCUUCCCAAAACCCAUGGCGAUCUUGCGCGCCCACAGGGGCAAGCACAGGCCGAGAGCCCUCGUCGUUCCGCUGCUGGCGGUCUCAGCCGCUGCAGCCCUCGCGGUCAUCUGGUUCCUGUUCUUCCCUCCGAUGCUGACCUCCGGCUUCUCCCUUGCACCUCCAGCGGCCGCCUACGCGUCCGAGAGUGAGGGUUCGAGCGGGUUGGAACGGAAGUACUUGUACUGGGGCAGCCGGAUCGAUUGCCCCGGGAAGCAUUGUGAUUACUGCGCCGGCCUGGGCCACCAGGAGUCCAGCCUCAGAUGCGCCCUCGAGGAGGCUCUCUUCCUCCAAAGAGUGUUUGUAAUGCCAUCUAGAAUGUGCAUCAACCCAUUACAUAACAAGAAAGGGAUCCUCCACCAGCACAGCAAUACAAGUUCAAAGGAAAGGUGGGCAGCAAAUUCAUGUCCAAUGGACUCUUUGUAUGAUUUUGACCUCUUUUCAAGUAAGGUGCAAGUGAUAUUGGACAAUUCAAAGAUGUGGUAUCGAAUACUUUCAACAAGUAUGAAAUUAGAAGAGAGUGGGGUGGCACAUGUUGAAGGAGUUAGCAGAGUUGAUCUCAAAGAAAAUACCCAUUACUCAAAUGUCUUGCUAAUAAACCGCACCACAAAUCCGUUAGCAUGGUUUAUGGAGUGCAAGGAUCGAACUAAUCGCAGCUCUGUUCUGCUGCCAUAUUCUUUUCUCCCCAUGCUUGCUGCUAGGAAAUUAAGAGAUGCAGCAGAUAAGAUUAAAGGUCUACUUGGUGAUUAUGAUGCUAUUCAUGUUCGCCGAGGAGAUAAAAUAAAGACCAGAAAGGACCAAUUUGGAGUUAUUAGGACCCUCCAUCCCCAUCUUGAUAGAGACACACGCCCUGAAUUCAUUCAACAGAGAAUUGAAAAAUGGAUUCCAGCAGGGCGUACACUUUUUAUCGCUUCAAAUGAAAGGUCUCCUGGUUUCUUUUCACCACUCUCUGCUAGGUAUAAGUUGGCAUACUCAUCCAAUUUCAGUGACAUUUUGGACCCAGUGAUUGAGAACAAUUAUCAGCUCUUCAUGGUAGAAAGGUUGGUUUUAGUAGGUGCCAGAACCUUUGUGAAGACCUUCAAGGUAGACGAGAAGGAUCUCAGCCUGACCGAUGACCCAAAGAAGAAUGCCAAGCACUGGCAGGUACCCAUCUAUACCAUGGAGAGGGAAGGAAGAUAAUUGGAAUGCAUCAAGAAAUACUCAUCCCAUUUCCCUGCAGCGACAAAUGAACUUGGGUUUCAAAUCCUAUUCUUGGUUUUUUUGCCUUGUCCAGGCACAAAGAUGGGGAUGUCAUUACAUGAUCCUGCUCUCGGAUUUUGAAUACGCUACUUGUGGGAAGACUAGAAAAACAAGUUCAUUGUGUAUUUUUCGGGAGGUGAUGCAUGGUGCUUUAGAAUACGAGAGAAAUCAAUAUAUUUGUCACCUUAAUGGGUUUAUUGUUCUG